UGCUGGCAGUGCCAUUUCGACCAUUGAACGCGUCGCAAUGUCUGAGAAACGUGGAUUGGGAUUGCCAAUUAAUGCGCGAGCAUCGAUUUUUGUGCCAUUGCUGUUGGUACUGCCGUUGCUGCUCCAGCUGGCAGAGGUGAGUGCCUACAGGGCCCUGUUACCCGCCGAUCCAGCGAAUCUUGGUAAAUGCAUUUAUCGGGGCGAUGAGCUUAAACUGGGCAUCAACAAUGGUAUUCCGCCCUGCCAGCGACUAACUUGCAACGAGGAUGGCUCCAUGCUGGUCGAAGGGUGCGGAAAAGUGCGCUUCCAGAAAUGCAAUCAGGGCGAACGCAUCCAUCAGACGGAUCCCUUCCCGGACUGCUGCCUGUUGCGGUACAAGUGCAAGCGGGCGGACGGAACGUCCCACCACAUUGAGUGGAAUACCGCUGUGGGGGCGUGAGAUGUACAAAUAUAUUAACACUCUCACACACUCACACACACACACACACACAUGUAUACGGCACUGAAGGAGCUGGAGCGGAUCAGUGGGAUCUAUCCGGACUGCCAAGCUAUGCUAAUUUAUUUUGUACAUUUCCAUUUUGUUGUAACGAAUAAAUCUUUUUUUUUUUUGUACUCUAAAUAAUUGAUACAGAGACGGAACCGGAACGAAAACCAAAAUUCGAUUUGACAUUGAUUCAAGAAUACUUUCGUUCGUUGACGGAAAAUCUUAAAUGAAGCGUUAAGUCUCAAAUUAAGAAUGUCAGCCUGGAAACAACCUUAUUUUAAGCAAGUUAAAAUCUUAAAGUUGUGCUUUUAAAACGAUUCCAAAACGAUUCAAAAUGAGUUUGAGUUUUAUUAGAAAUAAUAUUCUAAAUAGUUUGCAUUAUAUUUCACUUAAUAGUGUUAAUAGCAAUCAGACACAACUUAAAUACAAUUGUAAAUUAUUUCAAAUUUUUAA